AUGCCCCUCCCACCUCUCCCCCUCCCAGCAGGCGUCACAAGCCGCUACAUCCCAACCCGCGACCUAACCUUUCACAUCCUCGAAUCAGGCCACUCAACCACCCCAAAACCCUUGAUAAUCCUCCUCCACGGCUUCCCAGAAAUAGCAUACUCCUGGCGCCGUGUGCUCCCCAAAUUAGCCUCAGCCGGCUACCACGUCGUAGCCCCCGACCAACGGGGCUUCGGCCGAACAACCGGCUGGGACGACCGCGCCUACUCUGAAGUCGACCUCUCGACAUUCUCGCUCUCAUCUCUAGUCCGCGAUAUCGUUCUGCUCGUCCACGCACUUGGCUACCGCAGCGUAGCCUGCGUCGCGGGCCACGACUGCGGCGCUGUCAGCGCGGCCAUGUGCGCACUCAUGAGACCGGAUUUCUUCCAGUCUGUGGCGCUGAUGAGCCAUCCUUUUAACGGGAGUCCGGAGUUGCCGCUCGGAACUGGGACCGGAGAUGGGGGCGGGAUGGAGGGGUCGGCGGGUGACGUUCACGGGAAGCUUGCGUUGCUUGGCCGUAAGCACUAUAAGUGGUAUUACUCGACCGCGGAAGCAGGACCGGAGAUGUCGAACCUGUCACCCGAGGAGAUGCGGGUAUUCCUCCGCGGAUACUUUCACUUGAAGUCUGGGUCGUGGGAGGGGAAUCGGCCUCGUGCGUUGGGGAAGUGGGACGCCGAGGAUCUGGUUCAGUUGCCUGGGUAUUAUAUCAUGCCGGUGGGUGAGACGAUGCCGGGGACGGUGGCGUUGGAUAUGGCGAGGGAGCCGACGGGGGAAUCUUCAAAGGGGUGGCUGCCGGACGAGGAGCUUGACGUUUACGCUGGGGGGUUGAAUUGGUAUCGGGUCCGCACGGCGGCUGGGGGGAAGUACACGCGGGACUUUGAGGUCUUUGCGGGCAAGAAGCUUGAGCCGCCUUGUGCGUUUGUCUCAGGGAAGUUGGAUUGGGGGAACUAUCAGGAGCCUGGUGCUAUUGAGAAGAUGAGGGAUGGGGUGUCUUGUGCUGAUCUAAGGAUUCUGCGGAUGGUGGAUGGAGUUGGACAUUGGACGCCGCAGGAGAGUCCGGAUGAGGUGUCAAGGGCUAUUCUGGACUUGAUCGGUGGUGUGCGUGAUCGUGCAGUAUAA